UCGUUAAAGUCAAUAUGGCGGAGGGUACACCUAAAAUUGAUCCCACUAUUUACAGUUGUCCGAUUUGUUUGGAAAAGAUUAUCAGACCAAAACGCUUGCCUUGUUCUCAUACUUUUUGUGAAAAAUGCCUGCAGACUUUUAUAUCUAGGGCUGCAAUUGGAGAAGAUCCAGAGAAGUUUGACUUUGAAUGCCCUGUGUGUCGUCGAGUUACAAAUCGACCGGAACCAUGGAUCGAUGUGGACGAAUGGGCUAAAUAUUUUCCAACCAACAUAUUGGUCAACUCACUGACAAGUUUAAGUGCGGAAAAAUUUGAGGAAAAAUUGUGUGCCAUUUGUUUGCGAGACGACAAAAAAAAUAAGGCGGAGUCAUGGUGUUAUGACUGUGCAGAGGCUAUUUGUGUUUCUUGUAAACGUCUUCAUCAAAUUAUCGGAUCUCUUCAAAAUCACAAAAUCUCGGCACUAAGUUUUGAAGGCAAAGAUGACAAGUUUACUUUUCCGGAAUUAGAUGAACCUUGUCAUUUGCAUGAAGGUAAAUGUGUUGAAGUUUGUUGCUUGGAUCAUGAAAAACUUUGUUGCUGUUUGUGUGUUUCAACACAGCACAGGCAAUGUGAACAGGUAGGAACUGUGUCUGAUGUUGCUAAAAUAAUACCAAAAGAAGUCGUGGAGUCGAACUUAGAAGUUCUGUCUGCAAUAUCAAAGAUAACAAAGGAAGUUUUAAAGCACAAAGAAAAAACAAUUACGCUCCUUAGUGCUCAAAAGGAAGAUAUCCUAAAAAAAAAUUUCCAACGAAAUUGCAAAAAUUAAAACUAGACUCGACGAACUGGAGCAACAAUUUCGAAAAACUUUCAUGAAAAAGCAUGUCGAUUGAAGAUAUAGAAGAGGAGAUGAAGCAGUGUGUCUUAGAUAUAAAACAAUACCUCCUGAUAGUCAAUAAUGGAGAAGCACUUCUUUCUGCAGUUAAAGAUAAAGGUACCUCAACACAAAUAUUUCUCUCUUCCGUGAAAAUUAAAAGAGAUAUCGAAGACCAGUUUAAUCAACUCAAGAUCAGAAAUCCCGAAGACAAAGAAUAUGAUUAUAAACAUGAUCAUACGACAAUAUUAAAACAAUUUCGUGAACAUGAUAAGAUCGAUGAUUUUAGGGUCAUUGUAAAACCGACAGCCACUCUCUGGAAUUUGUCAUUGCUUAUGUCAUCAUUUCAGAUAUUUGAAAAAGUUGGAAAGAUACAGCCAUCGAUGGUUUUUGAAAAUUUGUCCGAAUCCGAGGCACUGAAUAUUGAGAAAAAAGGAGAGUUUGAACUACCGUUUCUUGCAGAGCAGAGCGUGUUUAUAGAUAAUGACACCUUGGCAUUUGCUUCAUCGUCGAACGUUCUAUCAUUCCAUAAUCUUGAUGGUUCGUUAUAAUUAUGUGUUUCGUCUUUGGAAUUAAAAGGACAACCUUAUCUAUGGUCAGGGUCAACACAAAAUGUUUUGUACGUUGGAUGUCAUUCUACAAUACAGAAAUUACAGAUAAGGAAGAAGUACGAUACUAUAAAUUUUAUUUGUAACGGAGAGGUUGACUUAAAGCAGGAGUUUGAUAUGUUUAGUGUUGACGAAACACAAAAUAGAAUUAUCAUCGCAUCUCAGAGCAAUGUAGUGAUCUUUGCCCUUUCUCCCGCUUUGUCAGUAAUUCA